GUUGAAUAAAUUAAGUUUAAAUAUGUCUUUGUAAAAGGGUUGCAAAAUAACAAACAGUUGAGUGAGUGCUGAAUAUAUAGUUCAUUCAAUGCAUUAGGGCUUACUUUGGAGUGUUCCGUUAACUUUUAAGUCUCACUUUGGCCAUAUUCAGCUUUUUUGUCCUUGAUCAUGAAUAGUUUUCUGAUGAGUUACUGACAAUACUAUAUAGGAAGGUUUCAAUAUGUCUACUUAUAAUGAGAUCUAUAUUACAUUUUAAUUUUAUAUUAAAUUUUAACUGUUAUGAGUAUAUGAAGGCCUAUUCACCUGUUUUGUGAUUAUAGGUCAUAGCUGUGAUACAGUUGAUUUUUAUUUUAACACUAGUAAAUUAUUGAUUUCAAGUGAGAAUUAUUGUAUCUUCCAUUUGGAUGUUCCAAAUAAUAUCUCAGAGGAUAAUUGACUUUCUUGAAUAAUAAAUAUUAAUGGUUCUGAUAAAAAAUAGUGGUGCGCUUUUCAUUGCAUGCUAAUGUAACACUUUUAUCCAUUGGUUUUCAUUAGAAGCUCAAUCUAUGGGAUGUACAGAGUCAAUAAAUUUUGGCACCGAAUUUAUUCAAGGAUUAUGUAGCACAUAAUUCUUUGGAUGUCUACCAUUGUUAAGCAGGGCAGUUGCUGAAAAUAAAAAGAAGUGAGCGUUAUAGAUUUGCAUAGUGAUGAAGUUGUUGUAGUGUUACUUUGUCGCAAAAGUCAUAGAUUUCUGUGUUAUAUUUCGACAAACCAAACGGUUUGUAUUAUUGACUUUGGGUACAAUUAUGAGCAAAGUUAUAAUAUAUUAUUUAGAACCCCACUCUCAAAAAAUAAUACUAAAUAAAUUUAAUGUAGUAAUAAUAAAUAUUUAUAUGCUGCGCUUUUCAUAGAUUCAUUAUUAAGCAAAUAAGUUUAUCUACAAUUCUGGAGUGAUGAUUUAAAAUUAUUGUCUUAGCCGUAAAGGGUAAGGUCAAAAUUGUUGGUAUAGAUUGCUUGGUGAAUUUUUUGUGCUUAAACAUGAAGGUACUUCUGAGUCUGUCAAAGUUUUUUAUCUGUUUUCAGCAUACAGUUUAAUUUUUAUUCCCAAUAUACAAAUGGAAAUUGGGUUUGUCUGAAAUAUAUACACUUUCUUAUUAUCCAGGUAUUUUUGUCCAGUAUAAAUUCUGAUUCAAGUUUUUAAAGUUAUUGAUGGCUUUCGCUGUUUCACAACUAGUCCCGAUCUCAAAGAGGAAUUUUAUUGAGUAUAGAAACGCUCUUUAUUUUCUCAGCAAUCUAUGUUAUCAGCUUGAUGAAAAAGAGUAUCGAUUUGAUAUCAGAUGGCCAUAAUUUUGGUCAGCAAAGCAACAUUUUUUCCCCAUUUAUAUCGCAUUUAUAAUUUGAAAAAUAUCGUGCUGGCAUUCUGAAUGUUUGUGUGGUUAUUUUGAUUGGGUUACCUGAAACCGAUAUCAUUGACACUUUAUAACAGAAUUCGUAGAUUGAGAGAAAUUUUUACAAAAAAACAGGACUGAAAUUGAAGAAAUCAUGAAAAUGAUACGCUUAAAGGAAGAGGAAAUAUUUAAGACUACCUAUUAAAUGAAAAAACUUUUGAGCAAAAGUUCAAGGGUCUUAAAAAUGAUUUAAUUAGAUUCAACUUAUUUUAAAUGUGCAUCUUGAAUAUACUUGUAGUUUUUUACCUUUUUUUUCAAUUUAAUAAAUUGUAUAUAUUUAUUUAAAACGUGUUUAAGUAUUUAGUAUCAUUUUUUCAAAUAUUUUAAACCUAAACGAUACUUCUUUUUAAAUCCUAUUAUUUUCAAACUUGUUCUGACUUUUUUUAUAUAUUGUAUUUCCAAUAUUAUGUUGCGUGACUGUACUAUCUAGAUUUUAUAUUAAGAAAUCAAUGAAGCAAUUACUUAGCCCUCGAACAGCACGUCAUGCUCGCUUAUUUCGUCUUGUUUCAGAAAUGACUUCAGCUCCUUUGAGUGACGGUGAGAAGCUUGCGUGGGUUAACUCACAUAUAAAGCGGAAUGAAGAUAAAGAGUUAUCCAGAGAGGAGGAGGAACUACGAGAGCCACUAAUUCCACUUGAUGUUGGUGAGAAUUCCAUGACUACUAAUAGCCAAGCUAGUCAUGGAAACCUAUUUCAUUUUCGCGAUUAUCCAAUGUAUCCAGGCGAAUACGUUCCUCCACUACACAACACCUUAUCAUCUUUACGUGACAAUUUAAAAUUUGAAUUGACAGCACAAUCUUUAAAAGAAGCUUGGAUGCGCAUUAGUGAAGGGAUGUUUUUUAAUUCAGUUCAUGAUUACUAUUCUUCUGUUGACGGGUUGGACGAGGAGCAACUAGGUGAAAUUGUUUCUGCCCUUCUUCCGGAUUUGAAUUCGUACGAGUCUCGAGCCCUAGUUCUUCAUAUUCUUGAGAUUUUAACGAAGCCAACAAACUCACCUUCACGCCAGUUAGGUCAAGUGAUUACUGCUGAUGCUGUUGGACUUGAUAACGCUCCUAGCCAUUAUACCAAUUUCCUCGAAUGGAUGGGCCGCAUGGCAGAAACACAGGCUUUUAAGACUGAACAUGCACUUUUUGAGUUCAGCCGAAGAAAGUUCAAUAAGAAUGAUGUUCAAAUAAUGUUUGAGAACUACAACCUUAUGAGCAAAGCAACUAUUGCGUUGGACAGUGCAGAUAGCUACAGUCAUUUUUAUACAGUGUUGAAGGAUUUUUCGCGAAAAGUUGCUGGUGAGGAUACACGUCAUCAGAUAGGUGUCCGUAUUGACGAAGAAGAAAUAGACUUAAAAACUGGGAUAGCUGUAGGACAUGGGCGAGCAGACGGCGAGAAAUAUAUUUUCACAGCUUUGAUUCGUGAAAAUAGAGAUCAUAAUGGAUCUGUGACGUUACUAGGAAAACCUCUUUCAAAGAUUUUUGAUAAUAAAUCUUGGUUGAUGGAAAUGGUUUUAAUGCCAUUCGAUGAGGCGAAACUGAAUUAUCGUGAUUUUGAUGUCAAUAUUGUUUCAGAGGGAAAAGCAAUGCCUUCGUUGGCAAAUGAUAUCGCAGCAUUUGCGUGUCGGAUGGCUGUUUCAAAUGCCAUUACGAAACUUAUUCCGUUGACGCGCAUUCCUAUCAAGAAAGCAGGCCUGCUUUCUGUUGACCGUCGAAGAGAACCUGGACAAUUUCCUGGUUUUGUGGAUGGUAAGAAAAAAAAACGAAGGUUUACAAAACGCUAACACUUGUCUUAAUAUAUGUGCAGCAUU